AUGGCAGAUGCGAAUGAUAUAAUAAAAGAAAUAAUAUAUAGAUCAGCCGAUGAAUGCAAUUUUAACAAUGAAGAAUUAAAUUUCCCUAGUAUACUGAAAUAUUACUAUGAUGUGACUAAUAAAUACAAUAUAAAGAAGCAGCUGUCAGACGAAAUUUUUAAUAAACUGUUGACUAUAUGUAAGAAUAUAAUUGAAGAUCAAGGGACGUAUGAGCAUCCUAAAAGAAUGUUGGAUGCAGCUGUAUGUGAAAAUAUGAGCAAUUCAGGUAGUAAUACUAUCGAUUACUCUAUGAACGAAGACAAGCUAUGUUAUUAUAGGAAUUAUGACUGUGUAGCAACAUUAAACAAGGAAAAUAAUGGAAGAAGGGAUGUUCCUCUAGAGAAGCAGAAAUACGAACCGUAUGGGGGAUUAGGAAUGCGUGAGAAGUAUGAUCCUUGUCGGGGAUUAGAAGCGUGUGGAAAGUAUGAAACCUGUGGGUUGUACGCACCGCAUGAUAAAAGAAGCAGUAACCGAAGCAGCAUUGUGAAAAUUGCUACCCUACGAAAAAAAGAAAACAUAGAGGACGCAGAUCUUAUAUACAACUUGUGUAAAAACGACAAAUUGGGCGUUUUUUCAAUUAUUAAAAAAAAAAAAAAAAAAGACGAUGCAGGUGAUGGUUAUGGUAGUGAUAAUGAUAGUGAUGAUGGCUAUGGUAAUGCCGCUGAUGUUGACAGUGGUGGGAAGAGGUUUUAUAAAAGCAUAUGUGAUAUCAAUGAAGAGAGAUCUAGUAACAAGGAGCUAGUUAUUGACGAAAAAUCAUUCCUUCAUAAGAAUAGCAGAAAUUUACUAAAAUUGUUUUUAAAUGGAAAUAUUAUUUGUAAUGUAUAUAAGAAAAUAGUAAAACAUAAUAUUAACAAAGACGAUAGAAAUGUGUUAAGGGUUAGAAAGAACAAAGUCAAGUUAUACAAUGAAAGCAACAUCCUGUACACCUUUUAUACAUUGAGGAGAUACUACAACGCAUUGUUAAAUUAUUUGAAUAAAAAAAAAUUAAUAAGAAAUAAUUUUGAAAAAUACACAAAAAUGCAAAAUAAAAAAUUGCUACUGAAAUAUUACGACUUAUGGAAUUAUAAAAAUGAAAAGAAGAUAUAUGUGAGGAGUGUGUAUGAAAAUAUAUUUUUCAAAAGACAGAAGAAGAAUAUGUGCUUAUAUAUGAAUGUAUGGAUAAAUAAAUAUAAGAAAAGGAAAAAAAAGCAUUUUAUUUAUCUUCUUCAUAUAUUUAAUGAAUGGAAGAAUUAUGCGCAAAGAAGGAGAAUAUUACGAGAAGGGAAAAACAAAAUAGAAAGGAAAAAAAAAAAGAAAUUUUUUUUGGUUUGGAAAAGUAAAUAUCAUAAAAAAAUUAUAAAAAAGGGAAAAAAUAAACAAAUUGAAAAUGUAUAUAAUAAGAAUUUAUUAAUAAAAUGUUAUAUUCAUUUAAAUUUGUAUUGUAAACACAGAAAAAAAGAGCAAGGUUGUUAUUAUGUUAUUCAUAAUUAUUGGAAAAGCAAAAUGUGGGAAAAAUAUUUUUAUUUAUUUUUAGAAAUAUACCAAGAGGAAGUAUUUUUUAAAAAAUAUUAUAAUGAUUACAUAAAAAGAGUUAAGAUUAUUUUUUUGAGAAAAUUUUUUUCCAUUUUAACAAAGCAUAUUGAAAAGCGUAAAAAAUUGUACUCCUGUUUGAACGAGUUGAAAGAGAAAACAAAGAGAAAUAUUUUGAAAAAUUAUUUUAAAAAAUUUUUUUAUCUAUAUAAGGAAGAGCAAAAAUUUAAGGGUAUCAUAUAUAUAUAUGAUGAAAAAAAAAUAGGUUUUAUAUUAAAAAAAUUUUUCUCAAUUUUGAAAAGGCACAAAGACAGAACAAUCAACUUGAAGAAAAAAUUUUUAUUCCUUUAUGAUAAAAAGAACAAGGAUGCAAUACAAAUUAUUUUCAAUAAAUGGAAGAGUUACUAUUUUGCCAACUCAACCAAAUACAUAUUUUUAUAUAGCAAAUACAAGUAUAAGCUCAUGAUACAGUCCUUUGACCUUUUACAUAAAUAUAAAAAUUAUAAGAAGAAACGAAAGUCUCAGGUCCUACAAGUAAAUGACUACUUCCUAACCAAGGUGAAGAAAAAGGUCAUUGUUAAUUGGCUUAACUAUGUACAUAGAUACCGAAAAAAUAUUCUGAACUAUUAUAAUUUCAAUAGUGAGGGUAAUUUGUUCGUGCUCUUUUUAUUAAAACUAUUGCUGAAAUAUCAGUCCAUAUCUAAAAUGAUCAGUUGUAAAUCCUUUUUUGAUCUCGUUAAUUUUCAAAAUAUUAACAUAAAUGUGAAUAGCUUAAUUUAUAUGCAUAAAAAAUAUUUCGCUAGUAAAAAGAUUAUACAGAGUGCAAAUAUUUUUUACGAUAAUGUAAUGUUUGUUUAUAAAUCUUUAAACAUCAUCUUUUCGUUCAUCCCCGUUGUAUUUGUCGUUAACCUGCGCAAGUUGAGGUACAACUUGCCCUGCCUUUCGGUUUCCAUCAAGCUGGGUCUGUACAAGCGCAUAUUCGACACGUGGCUUUCAGAGUGCAGAAGCAUAAAAGUGUUUAAGAAAAAAUUAGAAAAAAAUAUUUUAAAAAAAUUUUUUCUACAAUAUUUUUAUCUAAUUCAAAAGAAGAAGACACUGGUAAACUUGAAAAGUAAUUACCAUUUAAUAAAAAAAUUGAAGUUAAAAAGAUAUAUCUUUGGCAGAUGGUUUUCACUACGUAUGAAGUAUGUAACAUUUAGAAAAAAUUUUAAAAUGUAUGACUAUAAGAACAAGGAAAAGAGAAUGAGAAGAAUUUUGUUGACUUGGUUAAAUAUGAUUAAAGUAAAAAAUUUAAAAAAAAAAAAAAUUAUUGACCAUUUUAAACAUUUAUUAAUGAAAAAAAAGAAAUUGUAUUUUAAUCUUUUUAUUGAAUAUGUUAAGAAAAAGAAAGAAAAGAAAAUAAAAAAAAAAAUUUCUAUUCUCUAUUGUAUGAAGAAAUAUAAAAAGAAAGCAUUCAAAGCUUUGUACAUAUAUACAAAAAAUCUAAUCUACUUUAAAUCGUUAAGGAGAAUGGCAGAGUCAUAUUUAAAAGGUACCUGUAUAACUAAGUGGAAGAAUUUGACAAAGCACUUUUUAAACAAAAGGGAGCAACUCCAAAAUAGACUCUCCUAUUUUUAUUUAAAAAUACAGGGGAAAUUUUUCAACAUACUCUUUAUCUACGUUCGCCUUAUCAAAAUUAAAAAGAAAAAGCUGUCCCAUUUUAAGGAAAUUCAUGAGAAAUUUUUGUCGUACAACUACCUCAACAAAUGGAAGAAUUAUGUAAAAAUGAAGAAAAACAAAAAGGAGUUUCUGAGCAAUAUGAGGAGCCUUUUUAGUAGGAAAAAAAAGCUAGCCAUUUUGAGUAAGUGGUACACACUCUUCGUAACAAAUGUCAAGUUUAAGAACUCAGAGAAGAUCGUGUCUAGUAAAUUUAGUGCUCUUUAUUUUUCUCGUCUAUGUCAAUACAAUCAAAAGAUGAAAAGGGUAGAAUUGUUCUUAAGAAACAGAUGCAACGUUUUGAUGUGCCAGAGGGCACUAAAGCAGUGGAAAAAAAAUAGUAGACUUAAGAAAAAUCAAAGGGAGAUGGUAAAAAAUAAAUAUUUGUUAAGGAAAUGUAAAUAUUUUGAAUUAUGGAAAAAGAGAUUACAAAAAGUAAGCAAGCGAAAUGUUCAAGCAUGUACAUUAUAUAAAUAUAGGCAAUUGAAAAAUUUGAAUAGCUUAAGAAUUAUUUACAAUGAAUGGAAGACUAUAUAUGCAGAAAGGAAAAAUGUAAAAAAAUUUGUUUAUGUAAUAAAUAGUUAUGUAUCUAAGAAAUUAAAAUAUAUUUCUUUUUUUAUUAUUUACAAAAACAAUGAGUAUUACUUGAAAAUGCAACAUGCACUUACCCAUUUUUUAUUAGAACAAAGAAAUAAAUUAAAAAGAAAAGUAUUACUAAUAUUAAAAUAUAAUAAAAGAAAUAGAAUUAAAAAUAAGACGGCCGUUCUUUUUUAUUUUAACAAUAUCAAGAUGAAAAUAUUUGAUGCUCUAAGGGCUUAUGUUGAUAAAAGAGUAACCUACAGGAGAAAUGAAUAUAUAUUAAUACUAAUCAGGAAAAAAAAAUUCUUUUACGCUAUUCUGAAUAUGUAUAAUUUUAUUAACAAAGUUAAGAUGAGUUUUUACGAAAUUAGAGAAAAUUUGCACCGGAAGGUGAAGCGGUGCUUCCUCACUAGUUGGCUCUCCCUUACAUUAAUGAGAAAAAGGGCUAGGGAAACGUCUCGCAUGAUAUUAAGAAAAAGAGAAAAUAAAAUGAAAGCUCAAUUGUUCUAUAAUAUUAAACGAAAAGUAAACAGAAGGAAUUACACUGUUCUUUUAUUAGGACGAAUCAAUCAGUUAAUAAAAAUAAAAAUGUAUAAUCGUGCUAUAUCUAUUUUGAGGGAAAACAGGGUAUACGUGAAAAUACAGGAGAAACUUCUUGCAAAGCUAAAAAAGAAGCUACAGAUUAAAAUUAUGAGAAAAUGUUUUAAGGCUAUCCAGAAUAAAAUACCCAAAAGGAAGAGGAACGAAGUAGAAAAGGAAAUGAUAAAAUGUUUUUAUGAAAGCACAUUAAAGAAAAAGUUUUUUAAAAUCGUUAGAGAAUUAUCGAAAAACUCAAUGAUGACAAUGAAUAGCACAGUUGAAAAAGUGAGUAGCAAUCGUUCAGGAAAAAUCUUAAAAAAAAUGUUCAUAAAAUGGAUCCUUUAUGUGAGAAAAAGAAAAGAAUAUAAAAUGGUAGAUAGAUUAAUAAAAAUAAAAAAAAAAGCACGCAUAUUUUUUUCCCUUCUAUAUUUAAGAGUUCAAGAAGGGUAUCAUAAAAUUUUGGUUAUAUAUAAGAUUUACAGACUUUUUCACUCUGAUUGUUUUAAAAUGCACCUAUUUGAUCAAUUAGUUCAGUGUGGUAAAAAUGUUCAUUCUGUUCUUAGUUUAAGAGGAGAAAACAUUAAUAGGUUUUCUUUCCAUGAUGCCAAUCAUAGGAAUAGCAGUCGCAUUAGUCAAGGGAUCGAGAAUCGCAAGCGCAGGAGCGCUCCUAACGUUAUUAACGUUACAAGUUUCUUCGAUCACAGCAACAGCAGCGGUAUUAGCGGUAUUAGCGGUAUUAGUGGUAUUAGCGGUGUUAGCGGUAUUAGUGGUGUAAGCAGUAUUAGCGGUGUUAGCGGUAUUAUCAGUGACGCAAGGGGGGUAAUGAGUCUGAAACUCCUUUUGGCAUUAAACCGAAUUCUACUACAGAUGAGAGGGGAUGAAAAGAGCGUCUUCAAGGAGAAAGAGGUAAAGAGUAGAAGGAGCCGCCAAUUGAAUGAUUUUUUAAAUAUUUGCUAUAUUUUGAAAAAUUGUAACAUAAACAGACUGAUAUUAAAUUAUUUGUUGAUGUAUGACAUUUAUGAUAUGUAUGAGUUUUUUCCUCAUUUUAAAAAGAAUUUUAAAGUUUUAUAUUACUUUUUUUUUAAUUUGUUAUCUGUCAAAACGAAAAAGGUGUUACUAAAAGUUUUUAAGAAAAAUCAAACUCAUUACUUUGUUAGAGUGGUUAGUAUAAAGGAUAAAGACAUUGUACAGAAUUUUAAGUUUCUGAUUUUCAUUUAUUAUAUAUUUAGUAAUUUGUUCUUGUUUUAUUCAACAAGAAACGGCUUAAAUAAUGAUUACAACAAAGGUCUAAGUAACCGGGCAAACUAUGCAUACAUCAUUUGCUCAACGCUGAAUUCCAUGUUUUCGACUUCGUCUGUAGGCAUUAGAAACGAUCUGAAUAAGUCAGGAGAAAGCACAAGGAAACAACAAAAUUGUGAUAAUCAUGAGUGGUUUUACCAUUCUAAGAAGCAAAAUAGUAAGAGGUUUAUUAAACAUAGUAGAGAUGAACAGAAUGGCUUCUACCAAAGGAGCAGCGGAAGUAGUUAUAGUGAAUUAGACAUGCAAUCCGCUUUAUCCGAAAAAUCUUUUAUGUCCUCCUUUUCUCCUCGUUUUCAAAUUAAUGGUGAAGAGACGAAAAAUGGGGAUUGCAAAAAAAAGGGAUGGAAAAUAAUACCUGAAUAUGUUCAUGUGAAUUGUAGAAGGGGAGGCACCAUAACUAAUGACGCUUUUGAAAAAUGUAUGAUUGAAAUUUUUAGAAAAUUAAAAACAUGCAUAUCAAAUAAAUUUAAGGAAAAUAAUUGUAUCCUUGCACACUUUUCUUUUCUCGUACGGAUAAAAAAAAAUAAGUUAUUUCAAGUUUUUUUUUUUUUUAAAAAAUUGAAGAAAUGUGUUCUCUUAUGGAAUAAGUAUUGCAUAACAAAGAAAGAAUUGAAAUCAACGGAAUUUUCAAAAAUUUCCAGUAUAAAAAAUAGAAGAAAAAAAGAGACGUUAGAGAAAUUUUUUGGUACAUGGGUACUAUCCUUUAACCAAAUUGUAAAAGAGAUAAAAAGGAAAAGAAAAAAAAUAUUAAAAAAACAUAUACACUUACUUUUUUUAUAUUGGUAUAAGCUUAUACUAGUAUGUAAUUAUGACAAAACAAAAUUUUGUGUAAUAAGAGAGAGAAGGGAAUGCAGAUUAAUAAAUACCCAUUUUGUAAAAUUACAUACACAUUAUAAAAAAAAAAAGAAGGAAAAAAAUUGUUUUGAAUUAAUUAAAAAACAUAGUAAUAAUAAAAUAAAACAGACUUUUUUUUAUAUAUGGUUGUUGUUAUACAAGUAUGAAAAAAAGUGUUACGUGGUAACUCAACAAAUUAAUAAGAAAUUGUUGAAGGUUUUCUUGUCUAGGUGGGUACAUAUAUAUCAAAAGAAACAGUUGUACAAAAUUUUUAUCAAGGCAAUAUCAGACUAUUUUUUGAAAAACAUAUUCACACAUGUAGUGGAAAAAUUGAAAUUUUAUAAUUUUAUAAAAAGAAAGAAGAGUAAAUUGCAAAAAAAAUAUUUUUUAAUAUACUAUAAUUUAAUUAAAAAGAAUAAUAUUAUUAACAAACUGCAAAUAUAUAUAUACUCUUCCUUGCAGUAUAAAAAAUUAAGACACUCCUUUUUUUGGUGGAGGAAGAGGUAUGACAAGAAAAAAAAUUGCAUAAAAAGUUAUUCUCUAUGUUUGCAAAAAAAAAUAUAUAAAUUCUUCAACAAAUGGAUAACUCAUUUUAUUCAAAACAACAAAUUGUAUGAGGAGAAAAAAAAGAAAUGGAACAAGUUUUGUAUGAAUAUGUACUUUGGCAUGUGGUUAACAUAUUACCGAUAUAGGAAGUUGAAAAAAAAGACAAAGAAGAAUAUAUUGAGGAAAUAUUUUAUCUCGUUAAGAAAAAAGUAUUACACGAGUGUGUUGGUGAAAGCAUACGUACAUAAGACAACACAGAGGACGCAACAGAGAAUCUUUAUCCUUUUUAAAGAGUAUAUAAUUUUUAAAAAAACUAACAGAACUGUUAAGGAAAAUUGCAUAAGAUAUAGGAACAAUUACAUUUUGAAAAAGAAUUUCGAAAUUUGGGUAAACCAUUAUUUUAAGACAAAAAAAAUAAAAAAUGCGAUAAAGAAGUUACAACAAAUCUGCAAUAAAGAAACGCAGAAAAUUGUUGUUCUUCUGUGGUUAAACUAUACAAAAAAGAGAAGAAAAUAUCGAAGUAUUUAUAGGACAAUUAUACUUAAGGAAAACAAAUCAUUAAAGAGAAUUUUUUAUAUGUGGAAAAAAUUAUUCUUUUUUAUCAUUUAUCGGAAAAAAAAAAUCAUAUCAACUUUUUUUUAUAUUUGGCUACAGAAUUUUAAAUUUGUUUUUUUUAUAAAUAAAAUAAAUAUUUAUUUUUACAAUAUAUAUCAAAAUAAUAUAUUUUUUUUUUAUUAUAUUUUGAAAAAAAAAAAUGAAAAUUAUAAUCAGCUUAUGAAUGGUUCCUUCACUUUUGUAAAGAAGCAAAUCAGAGAAUUUUUAAAUUAUUGGACAAAUCUUUUACAAUCCUCGUUUCUUUCGUUGAAGAUGUACACACAUAAAUGUAAAAAAUUGAAAAGGUAUAUAGAGAUAUAUAAAAAAGAAAUAAAGGAAAGGAAGAAGAAGCAAUGCUUUGUUGUUUUAUUAGUGCAUUCCAAAAAAAAAAAGAAAAAAGUGCACUUGAAUAAUUUAUACUUGAAAUAUACUAUUGAAAGGAAAUUUUAUUUGUUUAAAAAAUAUUUCGUAAUACUUAUCAACAUAUAUUUUUACAAUAAUCAUUUACGUUUAUGUGAACAGACAAUUCAAAGCAGAAGAGAAUCGAGAAUACUAAAUGGCUGUCUUACCAAAUGGAUGAGUUACAAAAUAUAUUGUAAGGAAAAUUAUUUUUUACAAGAUCUAUGUAAUGACUUCUUAAGCUAUAGAAGAAAGUCCGAAUUUUUAAUUUUGUUAAAACAGUUUUAUAUUGAAAAUAAAUGGAAAAAUUAUUGUGAGUAUAAUUCUCUAAUGUUUUAUAAGAGCAUUCAAGAGAAAACUUUUAUUCGUGUGUUAAAACACUGGAUUGAUAAAACACGCAUCUAUUUUGAAAAGAAAAAAAAAAAAGAUAAUUUUAAAUAUAAGUAUCAUAUGAAUCUUGUUAAGAAAUAUUUUUUCCUUUUCAUUUUUGCUGUCAACAAGUUAAAAAUUGAAAAAAAAAAUUUCGACAUUGUUCGUUUUAAAAAAGAAAAGACACUGAAACAAAAGGUAUUAACAACCCUCUACAACAUUGCUCUAACACGUUUAGGCACUUAUGAAACUAUCAUAAAGUUAUCAAAUCGAAAGAGUGAAAAUAAUCUUUUAAAAAAAUACUAUCAUGUGCUGUUUCAUUUUGUGAGGAAGAAAAAAUUUCUCAAAAAUGGCACUCAUCAAAUUCAAAAUAUGACAAAUAACAGUCUUUUGAAAAAAUAUUUUUACAUCUACAUUUUUAAGUAUGUAUCCAGUAUCAGCCAUUACAAGUAUUACUACUAUAACAAGUACUUGUCUAUCUGGAAAUACUAUGUUGUGAUGAAGAAAAAGGAUGAUAGUUUUGCGCACACGGAAGAGGAAGAAGUGGACGAGGAGGAAGUGGACGAGGAGGAAGUGGACGAGGAGGAAGUGGACGAGGAGGAAGUGGACGAGGAGGAAGUGGACGAGGAGGAAGUGGACGAGGAGGAAGUGGACGAGGAGGAAGUGGACGAGGAGGAAGUGGACGAGGAGGAAGUGGACGAGGAGGAAGUGGACGAGGAGGAAGUGGACGAGGAGGAAGUGGACGAGAAAGAAGAGGACGAGAAAGAAGAGGACGAGAAAGAAGAGGAAGAUAAAGAAGAGGAAGAUAAAGAAGAGGAAGAUAAAGAAGAGGAAGAGGAAGAAGUGGAUGAGAAUGAAUUGGACGCAGGAAAUGUGUCCAAACGGAGCAAAAGUGGGGUUUGCGCCUUUUUUCGGCAACACAACGAUAAUAUGUCAGACGACAGUUCACGUUAUACCUUAAGGUUUAAAGAUCAUUCCAAUAAAAGUGGUGAAGAGAAUGUAAAAGACGAUGAUUACAUUGAUGAAAACAUAGAUUCCAUUAUUAGUUAUAUUGCUUCAUCAGAAACAAAGGAUGAUAGUGAUAGUUCAGAUUCUGUUGAAUUAAGCAAAAUAAAAUUAUGA